GUAAACAUAUGCAAAACUUACGAUCUUAAAUAUUUUGACAUGAGUGAGUCUGGAAAUGCGGCAAAUCCUGUGGAGCUGACUGAAAUUGUCGAGGAUAAGCGUCCGAAAUUUGGAAAUCGUUUUCUAACCGACGAUACCGAUGUCUUUAAGCACAAUGCUUGGUAAAUAUAUGAAGUUAUUGAGGAAUUUGCGUUUACUCUCUAGUUGGGAGCAUACACGUUAUCGGAAGAAACCAGCACUUGGCGGUCGAGUUUUGAAAGAUCCACGUGACACUUUUGAAUUUAAUGCUUGGGACAAUGUUGAAUGGGAUGCUGAGCAAGAGCAAGAGGCGCUUGCUGCGGUGACUAAGAACUCCACACAGAAAAUGAAUGCCGAAGAUAAGGAGAAAUUUCAAAACGAUGCGGAUAAAUUUUGGGAUUCCUUUUACGGCGUACAUCAGAAUCGAUUUUUUAAAGAUCGACAUUGGCUCUUUACAGAGUUUACUGAGCUUGCUGCACCGACUGACACCGAAGUACAACCAACACGUAACAUAUUCGAAUUGGGUUGUGGAGUUGGUAACACAAUUCUGCCGAUUUUGAAAUAUAGUCAAGAGCCGAAUUUAAAAGUCUAUGGCUGUGACUUCUCCGCACGUGCAAUUGAAAUAUUGCGUGAGAACAAGGAAUAUGAUUCAAAACGUUGCGAAGUCUUUGUCAUGGAUGCUACACUUGAAGAUUGGUCGGUGCCAUUCGCUGAGGGCUCAUUGGAUAUAAUUGUGCUCAUAUUCGUACUCUCGGCUAUUGAACCGACAAAAAUGAGUCGUGUUGCCGCCAACUGCUUCCGUUACUUACGUCCAGGUGGUUUGGUGCUUUUCCGUGACUAUGGUCGGUAUGACAUGGCACAGUUGCGUUUCAAAAGUGGCAAAUGUCUGGAGGAUAAUUUUUAUGUUCGUGGUGAUGGCACAAUGGUAUACUUCUUUACACAAGAAGAGGUGAGAGAUCUUUUCUGCAAGGCUGGUUUUGUGGAGGAGCAAAGCGUUGUAGAUCGACGACUGCAAGUAAACCGUGGACGCAUGCUGAAAAUGUACCGUGUAUGGAUACAGACGAAAUUACGGAAACCUUUGAAUGCAGAUGCGAAAGAAUAGAUAAUUGUAGAAAAUAUUUUAAGUAAAAAUAAUAAAAAAAAACAAUUACGAGACCGUUAAUUAUUGUUUUAUUGAUGUAUACACGUAAUAAUAUAUUAUAUGGCUGAUCUAGGGAUGUAAAUGGUGGUGUUUUGUCUCAAUACUGCUGCUCAAAAAUGUUAUGGUAAAGACGGUUGUUGUUGUUGUAGUGGUAAAAGGUAUUCAAAUAAUAUGACUAAUGCGAAGACCCGACCUUUGAUGAAACGGUUAAUAAUACUGGAAUUUUCUAUUUGACAUUGCUUAUAAAAAUAGAAAAAAAUAGAGUUUUAUGAGAUUUUGAAGUCUCAUUUAAUCUACUUCGCAGAUUCUUAUAUAUGUACAUAUAUCAGACCAAACACCGGGUUCUAAUUGGACUUGCCGCACAAUCAAAUUCAAUUUUGAUCCGAAUCACACCCCAAAUGCAACUCUAAAAUACUCGUUAGUUUGGCCGCACUGGCGGUGCCAGUGUUCACGAAAACUUGACAGCAAAGAACGAGUCAGUUUUCGAGUGAAUUUCCAGGUAAAAGGGGUGUUAGCUGCGGCAAGUUGUCUGCAACGCCGCGUUUUUGUUGUUGUUUUCAAGUGAUUGGUGAAAAAAUUUCCAUGGUUGAAGUUAUUGGAUACGAAAAUCUAUAGUGUUUAAAUAAAAUUUCUGUAAAUAAAUAAAUUUUUUGUGAAUUAGGAAUAACUCUUCAAUCUGCCUGCUAUUACUGUCGGCGGUUGUGUUCUACCACACUAACGGCAAUAGGAGUAAAUCAAUUCAUAUUCGAACUGUGUGAAAGACUCGAUUUUUGGUUUACAACGUUCAAGACUAGUAUACCUACAUCGAUAGUGUUUAGAAGCGAGUGUUAUAAAUAAAUAAGACAACAGGAAAUUGUUUGAGUACCAAAGGUAUUCGAUUGUGUAUUUACUGUCUGGAUUAAAUAAAGUAAAAGCAAAGCUGGCGGACGAACUAGCAGAAAGCGCCAACAAGAUGAGUUGGGGAACGCAACUUUGG